AUGCCUGACGCCAUUCUGGACGACAUCUCUCAUCGACGCUUCAACCCACUGAGGGNNGGAAGCUGGAUUCUGGUCUCCCNNCCUCACCGUACCAAGCGACCAUGGCAAGGACAGCAGGAGGGUGCUUCGAAGACGACACUCCCUGAUUAUGACCCAUCUGUACGCACCACCGCAUUAUUCACCAAGAAGUCCAUCAUUGAACAGAGCGAUAGUNGCUACCUUUGUCCUGGCAACAAGCGCGCUGCCGGCGAUUCCAACCCAAAAUACGAGAGCACUUACGUCUUCGUCAACGAUUACAGUGCUGUCAAGGAGGAGCAAGCCGAGUAUGAGCGGCCAGCCACCGAUGGCAACCUCCAGCCUUCUAAAAUCCUCCCUGUCAUCAACACCUGGACCCAGAUUUACACGACUCAUUUGUCUCCCAAGUCCAUUCUCGCCGAAGUCGCACAACCUACUACGAUUGCUCCCCAUGGUCAGGACCUCGCGGCACCGAACGCUCAAUACCGUUACAUGCAAAUCUUCGAGAACAAGGGUGCUGCAAUGGGCUGUUCCAACCCUCACCCUCAUGGUCAGGUCUGGUGCACGACUGGCACGCCAGAGGAGCCCUCCCUCGAGUUAGAAAGUCUGCAAAAAUAUCGCAAGGAGCACGGCGGAUCACAUAUGCUGGUUGACUAUGCCAACCUCGAAUCUGAAAAGAAGGAAAGAAUCGUAUUUGAGAACGAAUCUUUCCUCGCCGUAUACCCCUGGUGGGCCACCUGGCCCUUCGAGGUCAUGAUCAUCGCUCGCACCCACAAGCGUGCUUUGGUAGACUUCAACGACAAGGACAGACAGGACUUGGCCGAGGCUAUCGCUGAAGUCACUAGACGCUACGACAACCUCUUCGAAACUCAAUUCCCCUACACACCACUUGAAGGAACUCCUGAGGAGAUCAAUGCUAGUCAUUUCCAUAUUCAUUUCUAUCCUCCUCUUCUUCGCAGCGCUACUGUGCGCAAGUUCCUGGUUGGCUACGAGAUGAUGGCAGAACCUCAACGUGACAUCACUCCUGAGCAAGCUGCUGCCAGACUCAGAAACUGCGGCGGAGAGCUUUACCGCAAGAAGCUGAACUGA